AUGAGUGGAUCCCCUUAAGUUAGGAAAUUAAACUUCGGCCCUUUAGUAAAGAUAAAGAAAUAAAUAAACUUACCUAAAAUAAGAAAGUAAGAAGAAUCGUUUUAGGCUGCUUUAAAUAUUUCUGAUUAUGAUCCAUAAUCUGCUAGAGACAGAUCGUUUAAUAAUAGAUCAUUUAGGAAAUUAGUUCACACAACCAAUAUAAAUUUAUCAACAGAUAAAAAAAUAUCAGAGGAAUAUGCAGUCUAUGGAUUAUCAAAAUUAAAAAUUGAAAGAAAAGAGCAACCUUUUUAAAGUGAACGAACAAUCAAGCAUCUAUAUUAUACGCAAUAGGAUGAAAAUACUAAUAGGGAUUGGUUUGAGAUUUGUUUAAGGUAACCACCACCUCAUGCACAGGCAUAAUUUUAUAAAUAAUCGGAGAAAUAAUACGAAUGGUGUGAUGUUUAAAUUUUAGAUUACAACGAAGAGUCAGAGAAAUUUUUAAUUCAAUAAUAUCCUAAAGGUCCCAAGAAACAAGUAGAUCGAUUGCAAAUUAAAUUCAAUAACUAAAAUCAAUAGUUUUUCGAAAGCAUGAUUUAAUAAGAGUAACUGUAGCUUCAUGAGAAGUAAACUGAACUAGCCUAUGUUAAUAAAGUCAUGGCUGUGGAUUCUAAAUUAGUUAAUUCCAUUUCUGAUAAACUAAAAUAGAAACUCUUGAUAAGAUUCUAAAAGUACAAAAACUAAAAUUUAGUUACGAACCUAAUUGCUUAAGUGGAGGAUAUGUAUCACUAAAACAUGAAGAAAUGUGUGUAUUUGAAGGAUUUGACUAAAUAUAAAUAAAAGUUUGCUCCGAUUCCCAGAAUGAAGAUAUUUUAUACUUCAUAGUAACAACUAAAGAAGAGUCUCAUGUUUGUGAAUAAGGCUGUGAUAGAUUGUUGGUUACAGAUGAUUCGAUUUAUGAAUAAUUUCUAAGUGAAUUUGUUUGAAUUUGACAAAGUGCAUUUGCCUGUCUCUUGGGAAAAGUUUGAAUAGCUUAUUGAUGCCAAUAUGAAUAAAAUUGAAUAGCAAUUGAAAAAAUAGAGGUUCUUUAUUUAUGCUCAAAUCCAAGAGAACUUAUAGAACACGUUUAAUUUCUUUAACAUUACGAUGCCUGAAUAUGUGGCAAGUGAUCUCAAAAGCGUAGUCUAAAGAUUUGAUUUACAUUAUACUGAAUAUCUCUAUAAGUUAUUAAGGGAUGAAUAAUAGAAGAUAAUCAGAUUUUAUUAAAAGUUUCAAUUGGUUCAAUAGAAUAUCAGAUUGGUUGCAACUUCCUUGUUUCAAUUAAGAAUUGUUGGGAUGAAUAAAUCCAAGUUGGAAAAGUACGAAUAAACCAGGAAUUCUAUCAAUGAUGAUUUGGAAUUGAUAACCUUGGAUACUUCCUUGAGUCAAGUGAUCAAUAUAGCAACCUAUCCAAAUAGAAGUUUAUUCAAUAUCAUUUCUUAAUUGUAUAAAAUUGAAAGCGAAAUAGUUCCAUUGUUGAAGAUUCCUUAACAAUACUCAAUCGAAAGAGAAAACUUGGCUUUUUUUGAAGUCUUAAAGUAAGAAACCGCAGAUCUCAUUGAGAAAGAAUACUCUAAAUGUUAAUAGUUUUGCAAGAAGUUUCUGCCUUAUCAAUACUUAUUGAUACCUAUGAAAACCAAAGCCAUUAAUAAAAUCUUUGGGAUCGAAGGGAAGGAGAAACCUACCCUACAUUAGAUUAGACUCUCUGUCAUUCGAGAAGCCUUGGACAAUCUGAGCAAAGCUUAAAGAGAAAUAAACUAUAACUUUAUUGACACUUAGGUCAUUGGACUAUUUACUUUGAAUUCUAAGGAAAUAAAACAAAUCUUAAUAUAGAGAGCACAAGAAAACUAUUAAUUGAUUGUGUAAAAAUUAAUCGAAAUAAUUAAGCACAAUGUAACCAAUAUAAAAACACACUAUUAAGAAAUGUAUGCUAAAACUUCAACAGUUCCUUAAACAGAAGAAGAUCUGAUUGAAUUGAAGUUAUUUCUUGAUGAAAUUAAGAUAUAAUUCUCGAAAUAAUUUUUAGAAAUUUCAUAAAUUAAGAAGUUUAUCAAUUACUUGGAUGAGAUCUUUUAGGAGUAUGACUUGAUGCUAAUGAAAGAGUAUUACUACCUAUUGCAAUGGCCAAAAGAGAUUAAAAGAAGCAUUAAGACUAACAGUAGACAGAUAGAAUCGAUUGAGAGACAAUUCUUCUAAAAGUUAGAACACGAUAAAGUUGAAUUCACAGAGAAGUUAUUUUAGAUGAAAGAAUAAUUCACAAAGAUUAAAGGGUUCAAUUAAUUUGGAAUUGUGAAGCAAUAAGCAAAUGAAAUGAAGAUAUUGGCAGAUUGGAUAUUUUAGGGAUAAGAAUAAAUAAACUCAUUUAACCAAAGGGAGACUAUGUUUUAGAUCCCAUUAUCAUAAUAUAGAGAAUUCCAUUAACUAGUUACAGAAUUCAAACCUUUCUAGUAUUUGUGGGAAUUGGCAAAUGAAUAUGAAUUUUAAAAGGAAUCAUGGCUCUAUGGUUCAUUUAAAAAUUUGAAUCACCAAUAAAUCCUAUAAAAAUUGACAUAUUAUGUAAAUGAAACAAUGGUUUUAUCCAAUACAUUUAAAGAAAUUACUGAUGAAAAUGGAUAAUCAGUAACAAGAGGGUUUAGAAGAGCUUUAGAUGCAUUCAAAGAUAAUUUAUGGGUUGUAGAAACUCUUGCAAUAGAGGCAUUUACAAAGAAGCCAGUGUUGUGGAGAGAACUCUUUAAAGAGUGCAGGAUUUAGAAUUUCGACCCAAAGGAAGAUUUCUCCUUGUAAUCACUAAUCUAAAGAGGAAUUCUUAAUGUUAAGGAAUAGGUUGUACAAUUAUCUUAAAAAGUGGAGAAGGGUUGGAAUAUAGAAAAAAGAUUGAAUGAAAUGUAUGAUAAAUUAGUAAUCAUUGAGAUAGAACUGUAAGAAUUCAGAGAAACAUUCAUCUAGAAAAAUUAUGAAGAAGUUCAAACAUUAUUGGAUGAGUAAUUGAAUGUAUUAUCAAUGUUAAAGAGUUAACAACAUAUAAAAAUGGUAUUAGGGAAAGCAAAUUAAUUGGAAUAUAAGAUAGUAUUGAUUCAGGAUACAUUGGAAUUGGGAAUGAAAUGCUAAAAACAUUGGAUGUAUUUGGAUCCAAUAUUUGCAAGUGAAGAUAUAAAGAGGAAAUUAGUGGAAGAGACUGAAUACUUUAAAUUGGUUGAUUAAUCCUAUAGAUAAUAGAUGGCUAUUUUAAAUAAAAAUAAGAUAUUAUGGGAUUCGAUUGAUAAUGAAAAGAUAAAGCAAGAGUUUCAGAAUAAUGUGCAAUUAUUGGAUUCUAUUCAAAAAUCAUUGUCAAAAUAUCUAGAAUAAAAAAGGACCUUAUUUCCUAGGUUCUAUUUUGUUUCAGAUGAAGAACUCAUAGAAAUAUUGGCUUUGGUGAAGGACCCAAAUUUACUGCAGAAACAUAUCUUCAAAUGUUUUGAAGGGAUGCAUGAAUUAAAAUUCGAAGGGAAUCAUUCAUUAUUAGGGAUGAUGUCUUCCUAAUAGGAACUAGUAAUUUUUGACAAGAAGAUAGAAUUGUUGAAAGGAGAGAAGUAAGGAAAUGUUGAGUAAUGGUUGUGUGAGUUGUAAAGAAUAAUGGUUCAAACAUUAAGAACUCAAUUGAAUAAGACAUUGCAAGACUUAAACUCUUAGAAAUAGGAUUAUAUUAGUAAAUGGCCAACAUAAUGCAUUCUAUUAGCUGAUCAUAUCAAAUGGACUAGAAAUACUGAAUCAGCAAUAAGGGAAUUGUAAAAAAUGAAUUUGCAUAUCCAUUUGGAAAUCCUAACGAAACAAUUGUAGGAGACAGUUUAAUUGGUCAGGAAUGAGGAGAGAAUGGUAAUGAAAACAACAUUGGAAGCUAUGGUAGUAAUGGAAGUUCAUUGUAAAGAUAUUGUGCAAUAAUUAAUACAUUAAGAUGUCAAAAGUAUUUAUGAUUUUGCUUGGGUUUCUUAAUUGAGAUAUUAUUUUGAAGAUGAGGGAGUAAAUGUGAGGAUGGUAAAUGCAUAAAUUCAAUAUGGGUUCGAAUAUUUAGGUAAGGUCACAAGAUUAGUAAUAACAUCUUUAACUGAUCGAUGCUAAAGAACAUUAUUGAGUGCCAUGCAUUUAAAUUAUGGAGGUGCUCCUGAAGGUCCAGCUGGAACCGGCAAAUCUGAAACAGUGAAAGAUUUAGCAAAGGCAGUUGCUAUGCCUUGUAUUGUAUUCAAUUGUUCAGAUGGUCUCAAUUACAUAGCAAUGGGUAAAUUUUUCAAAGGGUUAUCUUCUUCUGGAGCUUGGUGUUGUUUCGAUGAAUUUAAUAGAAUAGAUCCUGAGGUCUUGUCAGUGGUUGCUUAAUAGAUUUUUACCAUAUAGAAGGCAAUCAAAGAAAAAAAAAAUAGAUUUACAUUUGAAGGUGAAGAAAUUAAUUUAAUUCCUACUUGUGCUAUUAACGUAACUAUGAAUCCAGGAUAUGCUGGUCGAUCUGAAUUACCUGAUAAUUUAAAAAUUCUAUUCCGUCCAUGUGCCAUGAUGGUACCUGACUAUGCAAUGAUCGCAGAAAUUUAUUUAUAUAGUAUUGGUUUUGAGAAGGCUAGAGAGUUAAGUCCAAAGAUUGUGACAUGUUUAAAAUUGUGCAAUGAAUAACUGUCUCCUUAAGAACAUUAUGAUUUCGGAAUGAGAGUACUUAAGGCAGUCUUAAGCACAGCCAAAUAGUUAAGUACUGGAUCCGAAGAAGUCAUAUGCUUAACAGCCUUGAUUAAUGUUAACAAACCUAAGUUCACUUAGAGUGAUGUCCAACUAUUCUUGGCUAUAACUCAAGACUUGUUUCCAAGUAUUAACCCAUUAAAUUAAACAUCUCAAAUAUUGGUUGAUUACUGUUGUGAGAACAAUUACUAACCUGACAUAGAUUUUCAAGAGAAAUGCUAAUAAUUGCAUAAUACAAUAUCAGUUAGGAACGGUGUGAUGUGUAUCGGGAAAACAUUCUCCGGAAAGACAGCAGCAAUCUCAACUCUAGGAAAAUCUUUGGGUGCUCAAACACUUAAAUUGAAUCCGAAAGCAGUAACUACUGAUUAAUUGUAUGGGAAGCUUGAUCCAGAUACCAAAUAAUGGUCUGAUGGAAUAUUACCUAUAUUAAUAAGGGAAAACUUAAAUAAACCAACAAAGAUCUGGAUUUGGUUUGAUGGACCUGUAGAUUCAUUGUGGAUAGAAAAUUUGAAUACUGUUUUGGAUGACAAUAAAAAGUUGUGUUUGACAUCAGGAGAGAUCUUAAAGAUACCACAGACCAUGUGUAUGUUAUUUGAAGUUGAAGAUUUAUCUGCUGCAUCUCCAGCUACAAUAUCAAGAUGUGGUAUGGUAUACUUCUUAUAGAUUGAUUGGUACCUGCAAGUGCAAAGCAUUUAGUUACCAGGAGGUUUGGAAAAAUAGUAUUUUAUAAGAAGAAUGAGAUUUUUGAUAGAUCAUUCCUAUGCAUGGGUGAAGGAGUAUGUAUAAUUUCCUGUGUAUGAUACUAUAAAUUUAAUGGUUUAGAGUUUUAUUUCAUUAUUGGUUUAGUUAUUGAAAUCUCUUUCUGAGAAUCAAUAGAACAGUAAUAAUUGGGAUAGUUGCUUGAUAUUCGCUUUAGUUUGGUCUAUUGGAGGAUGUUUAGAGGAGAAAGGAAGAUCUUUGUUCAAUGACUUUUUACACAAGUUAUUUAGAACUAAUAAAAGUGGAUUGAAAACUAAUUUUGGAGAUGAUUUGGAGUUGAAAUUAAAUUUUCCAGAGAAAAUAGAGUUCUUUUCUUGUGUGUUUUAGGAUGGACUAUGGAUCAAAUGGACAGAUCAGUAGUUAACUGAAAAAUUUGAAGUGUAGCCAGGGAUGUAAUUUCAUGAGAUUAUUAUACCUACUGCUGAAUUGAUGAGAAAUGAUUAUUUUUGUAAAAUGGGAUUGCACUUCCUCUUUUGUGGUCCAACAAGUACUGGAAAGUCAUUGUCUAUGAAUAAAUUCUCAAAGUUUCAGAUUACUUGUUCAGGACAAACCACAAGCAAUAGUUUACAACGAUUGAUUGAAACUAAAAUAAAUAAAAGAAGAAGAAAAGGAUAUUAUGGAGCUGAAGAAGGACAUAUAAUGAUAUUUGUAGAUGAUCUAAAUAUGCCAUUUAGAGAACCUUAAGGUGCAUAGCCAGCAAUUGAAUUGUUGAGAUAAUGGAUGGAUUAAGGGGGUUGGUAUGAUUUAGAAAAUAAGGAAUUCAAAUACAUGUGUGACAUCACUUUUCUGAGUGCUAUGCAACCAGCCAGUGGAGGAAGGGAUUAAGUGAGCAAACGAUAUCUCAGAUAUUUUAAUCUAUUGUACAUAGGAGGAUUCGACAAUUAAAGCAUCUCAAAUAUAUUGUAAGUUUUUGUUGAGUGGGUGUUCCAAAAGAUAUAACCCUCAUAAGAUAUACUAAAGAUGAAGAAUGAUAUAGUAUUUCAUACAAUCUAAGUUUAUGACAAGAUUUAAUUGAGUUUGUUGCCCACUCCUGCUAAGAGUCUAUACAUUUAUAAUUUAAGGGAUUUGAUUAAAGUAUUCGAGGGAAUGAGCAAAGUGGCCAGAAUUAACAAUCAAUAUAACCUAGUUAAAUUGUGGACUCAUGAAUGUCUGAGAGUGUUCAGUGAUAGAUUGAUAGAUAGUUAUGAUUUGAAGAUCUUUGAAAAUGUACUCAAGGAAUCUACCACUUAAAUCGGUUAUCAAAUUUAAGAUUAUAAAAAUCUAAUUUAUGUAUCUUUCUUACAUAAUGCUUAUGAUGAUGCAGGUAAUGUUGUAAAUGUUAAGAUAAAAUUGCAACAAGUUCUUGAAGAGUACAACUAAAUGAAUCAAUAACAUGCAUUGAGUCUCAUCUUAUUUAACAAUGCUGUGUUGCACAUCUCCAGAAUAGCUAGAAUAUUGUUAGCCAUUCAAGGACAUGCUCUAUUGGUUGGCAUGGGUGGAACUGGAAGAACCUCUCUAUCCAAAUUAGCCAAUUAUAUCAUUUUCGGUGAACAUGUCCAAACAGUCGAUCCAAGAUAAUGGGAUGAUUAGCUAUUAGGUAUUUUGAAACACAUAGGUUUGGACGAUCACAAGUCUACCAUCAUAUUCAAUGAUUCCCAAUUUUAGACUGAAUCCAUGUUGGAAGAUGUGUGUAACAUUAUGAGUCAUGGAGAAGUACCACAUCUAUUCCCUCCUGAAGAGAGAAUUAAAAUCCAAGAAGAAAUGACUUAUCCAAAAUUUGUUCUGAAUUGCAAAUUAAAUACUCAUGUCAUCCUAUGCAUGCAACCAGUAGGUACACAAUUUAGAAAACGGUUAAGGAUGUUCCCUACUAUCAUCAAUUGUUCUACCAUUGAUUGGUUUAUGAGUUGGCCAGAUGAGGCAUUAGAAUCUACGGCCAGCUAAUUCCUCCCUUAAAAUCUAGUCAAAAUAGCUGUAGAUAUUCAUCACAAAGUCUUAGAAAUCAAAGAGAGAUUCACCUAAGAACUUAGAAGACACUUUUAUGUAACACCCACACAAUAUUUGUAAUUACUGGCAACCUUCAAAAAGAUUCACACUGAAAAAAAUGAAAAUUCAAGAAUUUCUAUUGACAAAUUUGAAACUGGAGUUGAAAAAAUCAUUUAAACUGAAAAAGAAGUAGAUAAGAUAAGAAAAGUACUAUUUGAAUUACAACCGAAAUUGGAAAAAGCUACAGUUGAAAAUCUUGAAUUACUAAAAAACAUUUAAAAGAAAUAAUAAGAAGCAGAUUAAACUAGAUUGAUUUGUGAAUUUGAUGAAUAAUAAUGCAGCCUGAAAAGAGAGGAAGCUAAUUAAUUAAAAGACAUAUGUUAAAAGUAACUAGACAAUGUACUUCCUUUGUUAUCCAAAGCAACAGAGGCUCUUGAGAAAAUCACAAAAGAUGAUAUGAUAUUAUUAAAGUCAUUUCAAAAGCCUCCACCCUCUGCUGCAGUUGUUAUGCAAGGAUUGUGUUAUGCAUUCCAAGAAGAUGAAAAAGUAAAAGGGAAAAAUAAUGGCAAAGAACCACCACAAAUGGAAGACUUUUGGGAGUAUUCCAAAAAAUAUGUUUUAAAUGAAAAACUAAUUAAGAGAAUUAAAAAAAUGAAAAUUGAAGAAAUUAGAGCUAUUCAUCCAACCAAAAUCCAAAAAUUAUCAGUUUUCAUUUAAAAUCCUUUAUUUGAAAGAGAAAAAGUAUUUAAUGCUUCAAUGGCUGCAGGCAACCUUGCUGAUUGGAUUAGAGCAGUCUAUUCUACUUAUGAAGCUGUUGAAAUUAUUGAACCAAAGAAAGCAUAAUUAGUCGAAGCUGAGAAAAAUCUUAAGUUGGCAGAAGAAUAAGUUGAAAUCAAAAGGUAAGCAUUAGCCGAAGCUAUGCUUGUUUUGAGUGUAUUAUCAGUUGAGUACUAAAAGGCUAGAAAAGAAAAAGAAGAAAUUGAAAAGAAAGUUUCACAAAUUUAGGCUCAAUUAAAUAGAGCUGAAAAGUUAACCAAUGGAUUAGGUGAAGAAAAACAAAGAUGGAAAAGAAAAGUAAUUGCCUAUAAAUCAGAAUAAUCAAAUGCUGAUGGGGAUUGUUUAAUCAGUGCUGCCAUCAUAUCCUAUUUAGGUGUGUUCCCAAUCUAGUAUAGAGAAUAGUGUCUACAAUUUUGGAAAUUAAAAUUAAAGCAAAAUUAAGUCAACUUCUCUGAUGAUUACUCAUUGUAAGCUCAAUUAUGCGAUCCAAUUCAAAUAAAUAAGUGGAUUCAAUAAAAAUUACCAAAUGAUUCCUUCUCUAUUGAUAAUGCUAUCAUAUUAAAAUAAUCAACUAGAUGGCCACUCAUGAUUGACCCUUAAUUGUAAGCUAAUGAGUGGAUCAAAAACAUGGAAGAUAUUAAAGUACUAUUAAUACUUAAUUCUACAUAACCACCUUAAUAAGUCUAAUUAUAAUUAGAACAUGCCAUCUAAAUUGGCUAUCCUGUCCUACUUGAAAAUCUAGGAUAAAGUAUUGACCCUCUGUAUGAACCUAUUCUAUAAUAAAAAAUAAUUAGGAAGCAAAAUAAAUGCUCUAUCAAAUUCGGUGAAAAAUUAAUUGAAUAUUCUAAUGAUUUUAGAUUUUACAUGACCACUAAACUUAAUAAUCCUCAUUUCCAACCUUAAGUAUGUGUAAUGGUGAAUAUGUUGAUGUUUCAAGUAACAUAAGAGGGAUUGGUAGAUUAACUUUUAAAUAUUGUUGUUAAAAUAGAUGAACCAUAGAAAGAAGAAUAGCGUAUUAAAAAUAUUUAAUCUAAUUUUAUAAAUAAGAAUAAGCUCAUUUAAACUGAAACCCUAAUUUUAAAAUUACUUUCUGAAUCAAAGGGAGAACUGUUAGAAAAUGAAGAUCUUAUUUAAACACUCCAAAAAUCUAAAGAUGAGAGUCUAUCAAUUGAAGAAAAAUUAAAGGGCUUAGAGUAUGAUAGAGUAAAUUUCAAUUAAAUAAGAUAAUUUUAUAAACCCGCUGCAGAAAAAGUAGCAAGUCUAUAUUUUAUUUUGAAUGAUCUUGCUGUCAUAGAACAUACAUAUCUUUGGUCUCUUGAUUUCUAUUUCUCACUCUACACAAAAUCGAUAAAAGAGGCACAAUAUGAAAAGUCUAAGAGAAAUUAAAACAUUAUUGAAAAGUUUAUAUUAACUCUUUAUACAUAAAUUAAUAGAUCUUUGCUAGAGAAGGACAAAUUAAUAUUUAGAUUUUUAUUGUGCGUGAAAAUGAUGAAUGUUCCAACCGAUCUUAUAAGAGCCACUGUUAUGGGUUGCACUCUUACAUCAACUGAUAUUUAAAUUCCCAAAGGAUUUCCAUGGUUAACUAGUAAAAUGUGGUUAGAACUUGUCGAUUUAACAAUAUAAUUUCCAUAAAUAUUUGAGACUAUUUGUUCUGAAUUUGUUGAGUAAAAGACUUUUUGGGAUAGCUUCUAUUAAAGUCAAACUUGUUAUAAAAUGCAAUAUAAAGAGUUAGACUAAUACUAGGUAAAUAUGCUCAUCAAGAUCAUUAAACCUGAGUAGUUUAUAUAGGCUACAAAUGAGAUGAUACGAAAAUAAAUAGGAAGUGCAUUUUUAGAGAAUAUUCCAACUACUUUUGAACAAUUCUAUUUAAAAUCUGAUAACAAAAUACCAUUAUUGUGCUUGAUUACUCCAGGAGCAGAUCCUAGGUAGGAAAUCAUCAAAUUGGCUUCGAAGUAUGAAUUUGAAGAUAAAUUCAAUUAAAUUUCAUUAGGUUAAGGGUAGAGUCAAUUAGCUAUAAAAAUGAUACUCAGUGCAAUGUCUUAAGGUUCAUGGGUUUUACUGCAAAACUGUCAUUUAGCAUCUUCUUUUAUGCCAGAUUUAGAAUAGUUAUUUGAGACGCAAUAUAAGAAAGAAAUAAAUGCUGAUUUUAGAUUAUGGCUAACUUCCUAGCCAACUUCAAUAUUACCUCAUAAUGUUAUAUUAAAAUCUUUAAAAAUCACUUAUGAAUUACCAAGAGGAUUGAAAAAUAAUAUGUUAAGAUCUUACUAAACACUGGAAGCUGAUAAAUUCGAAUAAUGCAAAAAGUUAAAAGAAUGGAAAAAUCUAUUUUUUUCACUUUCGCUUUUACACGCUUGUUUAUUGGAAAGAAAGAAGUAUGGUCCAUUGGGAUGGAAUAUUGGAUACAAUUUUUCAUAACAUGAUUUGGAAAUAUCAAAAGAACAAAUAUUAUUCUUUUUAGAUCAAUAUUCUGAAAUCCCUUGGGAUGCUCUCCAUUAUCUAAUAGCAGAAAACAAUUAUGGAGGUAGAGUAACAGACCCAAUGGAUAGAAAACUCUUGAAAAUCUAUGUAGAGGACUUGGUGAAUCAAAAGACAAUUUCUCAAGAUUAUAUUUUCUAUGACAUUUAUUAAACACCACCUUAGAUGAAUCUAAAAGGUUAUAUCGAUCACAUAUCAUAAUUGCCUUUGAAUGACCCUCCUUAAUUAUUUGGUUUGCACGCAAAUGCAGAGAUAUAUUCAGCAAUAUUGGAAACUGAGAAUUUGAGUUCAGUGAUACUUUAAUUAUUACCUAGAACUUAAGGAGAUUCAGCUCAAAAACAUACAGAUAGUUUAGUAUGUAAAAAAAGCUAAGAAAUUCUUAAAAAUUUACCAUCUUAAUUCAAUAUUGAUGAAGUACAAUAACUAUUUCCAUUAACUUUGGAUAAUCCUUUGAAUGCUGUCAUCUAAUAAGAAAUUACUAAAUAUAAUAGACUCCUAGCAAAGAUAUAAGAUUCUUUAAGUGUACUUGUUUAAGGUUUAGAUGGAUUCAUUAACAUUUCUGAUCAAUCUCUAGAGAUAUAUAAUUCUGUUUUUGAUAAUAAGAUCCCUGAAUAAUGGUUAGCUUUAUCUUAUUUAACAACAAAAUCCUUGGGUUCUUGGGUGACAGAUCUAAAACAGAGAAUUGAAUUUCUAAAUAAAUGGAUUACAAAAGGAUAACCUAGAGUAUUUUGGUUAGGUGGACUAUUCUUUAUAUAAGGUUUCUUAACAGCAAUCUUAUAAUAAUACUCAAGAAAAUCUAAAAUUCCAAUUGAUUAAUUGAGAUUUGACUUUAAAUUUCAUCAGGAUGAACCAUCUGUAAGUGGAAAUGAAGUAUAUGCAAAUGGAAUUUCUAUUGAUGGAGCAUCUUUUGAUUUCCAAGAAUCAACCUUAACUGAACCUUCAAGCAGCAUUUUAUUUUAUCCAUGUCCUAUCAUAUAAUUUUGUCCUACCUAAGAAAUUGUCAAAACUUACAAGUAUUAUUCAUGUCCACUCUACAACACUUCCCAAAGAAAAGGAGUGUUAACCUCAAAUGGACUAUCAGUCAAUUUUAUCUGUAAAAUUAAAGUACCAAUAAAUAACAAUAAAGAACAUUGGUCUAAGAGAGGAGUAGCAUUGAUUAUUCAAGCUAAUUGA